AGGCUAGGAUGGCUACGAUUGUGGAGAAAGUCCGUCGCGUCUUGGCCAAAGAUCUAGGCGACAUCACAACGGAACUGUGUGACUUUUCACUAAAAGAACAGAAUGCCACCGCCGAGGCCCAAGGAGUACAGCCCUCAUCAGCCUCCGAUUUUGUGCCCAUUCUUGGCCAAACAGUCACCUACAUUGUGGCCUGUGUGCUGAUCAACGAGCACGACGAGCUGCUCAUGAUCGAGGAGGCCAAACAGAGCUGUGCAGGCAAGUGGUACUUACCCGCAGGUCGCAUGGAGCGGGGCGAAUCCAUCACUGAGGCAGCCGCCCGGGAAGUCUUUGAGGAGACCGGUCUGAAUGCGGAGCUGACCACUUUACUUGCCGUAGAGGCGGCUGGUGGCUCUUGGUUCCGCUUCGUGCUCACUGGACGCAUCACGGGCGGCCGACUUAAAACGCCAGCGGACGCAGAUGCCGAGUCUAUCCAGGCGAGAUGGGUGCGUAACCCCAAGGAGGUGCCUCUUCGGGCCAACGAUAUACUCAACAUCAUUGACAUUGGUCGAGCCUACCACCAGGGGCAGAAGGUUGCGGCUAACCCUUCUCCCUGGCACGGCAACAUACUGCCCACACGCUAUUCGCACAAGCGGAACUAUCUGCGAGUUCUGGCCGUGGCUAGGAAACGGGCUCAUAACUCUCUGAACAUUCUGGUAAGCGAGAAGAAUGCCCACCACUUUCCCACGGUAGAACUGCAUCCGAAUCGAAGCUUGCAUUCUACACUGCGCAAGUUUAUGAUUGAGAUUUUUGGCGCGGAAUUGCCACAGCAUAGACCUCAUGGUUUACUUAGUGUUGAACACUCGCCCUCGGAGCAGGAGAACAAAGAUGGUAUAUGCCUGAAUCUGCUGGUGGCUUUUCGACCGCCUCUGGAGGAAAUCUCCCUAAUCGGCAAGUGCAUUUGGCAGGAGCUGGGAGCACCACUCGAUGAGAUGUUGGGACGCAUUGUCAGCAGCAAGAACGCCUCUAUUCCGCUUAACGUUGUGCGUUAAAUGCCUUAUAGUUUAAAACUAGAGUAAUCUGUCCUAAUCUAUGGUGCAAGCAAUCUAUCCGUUAUUAGUUGCUAUUAAAGAUAACCCCAACAGAUGUCUGCCAGAUAUCCGACUGUUAUGCAAUCAUGUUUCCAUUCUACGGUGCUAAAAUUUGAUUGCGUAGGUUAGUCUCAAGCUAACAUACGUUAAUCAUCAUUAAAUGUCUAGAAGAUAUCCCUACUACUGAACAAACCCGCUUCCGUUUCUUGGUGAAAGAUCUAAUCUAAAGAAUUACUUGUUUGUCCUAGCCUAAUAUAUCUUUAGCGAGUUACAAAGAAAACUUUACUAUUAUAUAGUACCAAUUAAAAUAUUCAUUUUUUAUA